AUGCGGACAGCCAGAACACUCCGACCACUCUUCCGAACCCGCCUCACCUCUGUUACUCGCCCAGGUGUCGCUACCGGCGUCGCUCCCCUCGGCACCCGCGGCCGCUGGAGCAUUGCGAAUCCAGUCACCAAUCUGAUCGGAAGUGUACGCGAGGAUGCCUCGAUCUUACCCACCUACACGGUGGUACACCCCGUCAACGGCAAGGUGCAUGCCGUGCAGCACUCUACUGCUGUCGAUAUCGAGCAGGCGCUUGCUUGUGCCCACGGUGCCCUCGCCUCGUGGUCGGCGACUCCGCUCGAGGAGAGGAAGAAGAUCUUUGAGCGCGCUGCGGACCUCCUCGAGAGCCCCGAGUGGAGCGAGAAACUUCACACAAUGAACCGCGCGGAGACUUCAGUACCCGAGUGGUGGUCGCGCGAGCAGCUCAAAAUCGCACCCCAGAUGAUCCGCGCGCUUGUCGGGUACGCCGAUGAGGCGCUUGCCGAGAAGACGGAGAAGAUGGGCGACACCACUUUCCACGUCACGCGCGAGCCUUACGGUGUUUGCCUUGCCAUUGCCGCAUGGAAUGCCGUGCACCUUCUUACCCUUCGCGCGAUUGUCACGCCGUUGUUGACGGGUAACACGGUGGUUCUGAAGACUUCCGAGGUGACUCCUGGAUCGCAGGCGCUGUGGGCCGAGCUGCUGUACGAGGCGGGUGUUCCGAAGACGGCUCUCAGCGUCGUGCACGCUGCGCCCGAUGAGGCCCCGGGCUUGACGGAGCAGCUCGUGCGGGACAAUCGAGUGCGUCAUGUGAACUUCACCGGCUCGACCCGAGUCGGUCGCAUUGUCGCGUCACUCGCAGGCGCAGGCCUCAAGCCCUGCAUCAUGGAGCUUGGCGGCAAGGCGCCCGUCCUUCUCCUGCCCGAUGCCGACAUUGAGACUGCCGCGAGCCACAUCCUCUUCGGUGCCUUCUUCAAUCAGGGUCAGGUGUGCAUGUCGACUGAACGUGUGCUCGUUCCGGAGUCCCGAUUCGGCGAGCUUGUUACGGCGCUUCAGAAGGCUUGGCGCGAGGUCGAGGACAAGAGCCCGAAGGCGCCUUUCCGCCCCGACGCGGUUGCACGGCUCGGCGAGCUCGUCGACGAUGCAGUGAGCAAGGGUGCUCAGAUGCUGAUUCCUGUUGCGGAGGCGGGCGAGGGCACGUUCCCGCACACGAUCCUUGGCCCCGUCGCUCAGGACAUGCGCCUUUGGUCCGAGGAGAGUUUCGGCCCCCUCGCUGUCGUGAUUCCCGUGCCCGAUGAUGGAGCCGUCGACACCAUGGUCGACAUCGCGAAUGAGAGCGAGUACGGGCUCUCGGCGGCUGUCUGGGGCCAGGACCUCCAGAACGCCGAGAAGGUCGCGAGGCGGCUGCACUCGGGUGCUGUCCACAUCAACUCUCCGAUAUUAGUUCGACACCUUCCUCAUCAACUCUACUCCGAUAUCCCUCGCAUUGCGCCUUUGAACAUCUUGGUAAUCUUUCUACCAAUUCAUCCCACUGACGAUACCUACGCCGACGCAUCACCAAAGUUUCAGAGCUCCCCCCAGCCACAUAACCCUAGCGAGAAAGACAGCAUGCCCGAAGAGAAGGCACCCAAGACCCGGCCAAUGGACCGCGUCCAUGUCCUCGACUUUGAGCCACUACACAUGGGAUAUCCCAUGGCGAGCAUGAAGAGCGUGCUCCUCGUCGACUUCGAGGUGCAGGUGCAUGGGCUCGAGGAGAUGAGCAAGAAGAAGAAGCCGGUGUCGAUUAUUAUCAUCGCGCAUGGCUGGGCGAACAAGGCGGAGCAGCACUGGCGCAUGGCGUCGGGCAUGCUGGGCGAGAUUAGCCGGUUUGAGCGCGAAUCGGGCGUCGAGCGAGCAAACGACGUGCUCGUUGUGACGCUCGAUCAGCGAAACCACGGCACGCGGCGACGGAUCAAGGAUGGGCGGACGUUCCAGAACGACCCGUUGCGGCUCGCGCAUAUGGCUUGCACGAUCACAGGCGGGAAACAGGAUCAGGAGCUCGUCAUGCAGUUUCUGCCGCCAUACCUCUGGCCAGAUGGGGAACGAGAGGUUGCGCACUGGCUUCCGUGCGGUAUUUCCCUCGGUGGACACACGACGUGGCGCCUACUCCGCGAGAACCCGAAGAUCACCUGCGGCGUGCCGAUCGUCUCUCUCCCCAGUGAGACGCUCGGGAGCUGGCUCGCGAACCGCGCCGAGACGGGACUGAAGCACGGCACAGUGACAAAGGAGACAAAGUACCCGCCCUCCCUCGCUGCGUAUUGGGACGGUCCGACGCCGCCCAACGCGUACAAGGGCAAGAAAAUUCUGUGCAUCUAUGGAGGCGAGGACGCAGUCCUGCCUUGGAAAGUCGGACAAGAGAAGUGGGAGUGGAUCAAGACUAUGCAGGAGCACCCGGGGGAGAUGGACCAGUGGAUCGAGCCUGGAUUCGGGCACGUCAUCACUGUCGGCAUGGUCAGUAAGACGGCUGAGUGGUUCUGGCGCUGGGCCGUCAGGCAGUAG